UCCAACACCCAUUUUCGUUAAUUUUAGCAACAAGUCAUUGAGGGAAUUAAACGUUGGCAGUACCUAUUUUCUCAUUUUGGGAGCAAUUUCCAAACGUAACCAGCAGCCCCAAGUUAUACUUAGCUAAAUAAUUUCUCAUGAACUUAUGCAGCAACGUUUCACACUUAUUUUAUGAAAGCAAGUAUAGUUCUUGUUCAAAUAUCUAACAGGAGCAAGAUUGUUCUUGGCAAAUUUAAGUGAAAAGGAUGGUUGAUAGAUUCAUCAAUUAAGUCUUACGAGUUCGAGAAGUAGACGUUGGACAAUUAGAUAGAAACCCAGGUACAAACGACUGAUUUACCGAUCCGCCCGCUUAGGAUUCUAUUCUGCUGUCUUGGAGUGCUCGGUUGUCUGGAGCCUACGUCUUGGUACAGUCUUUUGCCAUUGUACAUAUGUAUGUGGUUCAGGGGUAUGACGGGGCCCUGUCCCGUCUUGUGAUUCUGUUGCUAUCUGUAGAGGUCUGUAGACAUAUAUGUGGGUCAUGGGUCGUGUUUGUUCGAUUAUGUCUGUGACUUGUGCCUUAAGCGGUCCCGUUUGUUAUUAUGCCCAAAACGGCCCAUAUGUUUGUUUAUGUGUGUAUAUUUGGGGCGAUGUGUAUUCCGCCAGCCUACAGGAUUGAUAUGAUGUUUUUGUAUGGGUGACCGCUUAAGAUGAUGUCUGUUCUCAGUAUUUGUGCAAAAGAACGUAUGCUAAAUUUGGAUAAGUCUUUGAUAUGUCGAUCUGGUACGUAAGUCUGUUUGGGUGUCCAAUUAGGGCACCAGUCGCGGCCCACGGGGCUGGGUCGUGACAGAUUUUGACCGUGAUUUCAGUGACAAGACAUAUUAGCUUUAGAAUAGAGUGAUAGAGAUAACAAAACCGUGACUUCCAUGAUUACCAGCAGCUAUUAUUUAUUCUAAGCAUCAUAAUCAGCUCAUAUAUUCAAGAUUUUGGAAUUGGUUCAAUCGUAACAGUUGUUCUAAAGUAAAAGCCCAAUUCACCCGAUUAAUAUUCUCCUUUUCCUUUGGUUGCGUUUUUGCGUUCCCCUGUGUUUGAAUUCAACCGGAAGAGGAUGAAUUCUUUUAAGAGAAUACACAGCAAAAUGAAGAAAAGAAAACAAAGGUAGCUUCGUAGCUAAAGACAUUCAACUCUCUUCAUAACAUAAAAGAGCCUUUUCAAUCUAUCACUCAAACAUACAUUGUAAUUAUAAUACAAUGACAAUGUUCUCUAUCUUUUCCAAGCAUCUUAUCACACAUUACACUACCAAAGCUAACUAGUUGCAGUCAUCAAACAGUGUCUACAUAGAAUCAUUUUGUCAAUAUGUCCCUAGCACGAGCGAGCUCUCCUCCAAAAUCUUCUGAUGCUAACAUGAAAUUUUGGAAAUAGACAGUUGUCCUCCUGUCCACAUCUUUGGACAAAGACCAUUUUUGAGUUUAUAUAAGCUCAAGAAGGAACUCAUAAUUCAGUAUGUCCUCCAACAAAGUAGAUAACUAUAAGCUCUUUCUUGGAAAUUUCCUUUUUUUAGCCUAUCUGGGUAAUCUUUGCAUGAGCAUGUCACCAUCACUGUUCAUUUCUCACAAAUUAAGAAUUCACACAGUUAUAAAUCAUAUCAAUAUGUUUUUUUUAUGCAUUCUUCAAAGUUGUCCUUUCAAACAUAAGAGCUAAAUAUAUAGCAAGUGCUCUUCUAUUUUCCCUCCCAAGUGUGUGAACAGUUUCUCUUUAAAGUUCAAGAUGGUAAGACCUCUAAAGAGUUACCUGCAAUUAUCCCUCAAGAUUGCAAACAUAACAAUAGGAUUUAUGGGCAUUGCGAUGCUUAUUUAUGGUGUAUGGAUGAUUAGAGUUUGGCAGAAAGAUGCUGCGGACUCACCAUCAUCCCCUGAUUAUGCUCAGUUUCCUUGGUUCAUCCAUGCAUUUCUUGGUGUUGGUACUGCUUUGUGUGCAAUCACUUGCCUUGGUCAUAUUGGUGCGAACUCUGCCAACUGCUGUUGCCUCUCAUUUUAUAUUUUCAUCAUAUUUGUGCUUCUUAUAUUAGAGAUUGGAAUGGGAGCUGAUGUUUUCUUUAACUCCGACUGGAAGAAGGAUUUACCAGAAGAUCCAUCUGGAAGGUUUGAUGAUUUCAAGGAUUUUGUCAACUCCAAUCGCGAUGUCUGCCAAUGGAUUGCCCUGCUUUGUGUUCUAACACAGGGGGGCUGCAUCUUAUUAGCUACAAUUCUAAGAACUCUUGGGCAAGUUAAGGAAUAUAGUGAUGAGAAUGAAGGUGAAUAUGCAGAACCAUCGGCUCCGCUUCUGCGACCUCCAGAACUGCCACCAAGUCCACUGAAUCCAUAUGUUAUUGGUGAACCAAAUUAUUUAUACAAGAUUGUUUGAGUUUUGGAACACAAAGAAGCUGAAGUGAAUGAAGUUUUCAUCUAUGGAAAGAUGGCUGCUGAGGCAGCACUAAUUAGCACAACUCAAAUAUUGAACUUGAAGUUUGGAGAUUGAGAUAAAGAUAUAACCGGCUAAGGCAGCUUAGUUAGGAAUAUUGACUAUGAUGUAGCUUCUCCGAUAGCUUAAGAAUGAAUUUUAUGAGAAACAGAUAAGACCAUAUUGUGUAUUUAAUAGUAUUAUUUUGUAACUUUAUGUUUUCAGUGGUAUCAUUUCAUUUAUCACAGUGAAUUAUAUUUGUUGGA